AUGAGGGCACCCAUUCCGGGGCUUUCUCUCAAGCUUUAUUUGGCUGCAAUAAACACAGCGGUUGGGGCCUUACUUGCCCAAGAUGAUCAUGGCGGGGAAGAAAGUCUCAUUUAUUACGUAAGUAGGCAACUAACGGGAGCUGAAAUGAGAUAUCCGAAGACCGAACUCUCGUGCCUUGCUCUUGUCUAUGCUGCACAGCGCUUGCGGCAUUACUUCCUUGCUCACAAGCUACAUCUCAUAGUAAAGUCUGAUCCCGUAAGAUAUUUGCUCACAAGGCCGGUGUUAUCCGGACGUCUUGCACGUUGGUUGCUACAACUGUCCGAGUUCGAUAUCACAUGCACCACCCCAAAAGCCAUCAAAGGACAAGCUGUGAUUGACAUGCUGGCUCUAUUUCCCGAAGUUAAAAAAUCAACAAUCUCGAAAGAAGUUCUGGGGGAGCUGCCAGAAAUGGUUGCUGUGGUCAUAGAGGCGGAACCAUGGACCCUCUACUUCGAUGGGUCUUCUACAUUGAAAGGUGGAGGAGCAGGUGUAGUGCUUGUCAAUCCCGAGGGGCAAGCCACGACCCUCUCAUUUAAGCUGAAUUUCUCAUGCACAAAUAAUACGGCGGAGUACGAAGUUUUUAUCAUAGGGAUGUCUACAGCAAGGGAGAUGGUGUUAGAACAUAUUCCCGGAGUUAGUAAUAGGUAUGCUGAUGCAUUGGCUACUUUGGGAUCAAAGCUCUCAUUUGUUGAAGAACAACCCAACAUUGCUGUGAUCAAGAAAGAUAUGCCAGUGAUCGAAGCAAUGGCUCAAGAGGAGCAGCUGGAAGAGGAUGACUGGAGGAAGCCUAUGAAAGAAAAAAUAGGCAAGGGAAGUGACAUCAAAGAAUUGAAAGAUUAUGCGAUCAUCUUUGGAGAACUGUACAGAUGCCUUCCAGGAGGUAUUUGGACCCGCUACAUAGGAACAACAGAAGCACAAGUGAAGCUCUAA